AUGGAUAGGUCUUACGAUUUCAAACGCCGGGCCACGCACUGGCAGAUGAUGAUGCGGGAGGCAACCCGCGAUACCCAGGCAGCCUCUCCGGAACAUCAAACAGUCGACAGAUUCUCGGUUAUAUCUGCGGACGUGUUUGCGCAGCUCAGGACGCUGAAGGAGAUUAUAUCACCCUACACCGUGUUGGCCCACGCGGGCCACGGGUCGAAAGAGUCAAUCGGUGGCCACGUGAAAAUACCCCUGUUGCCUAACGCUAUGGGCUACAUUCAUGCCAAACGCGCGCUGUUUGAGCAAACGGAUAUCAAAGAUAUUGUGCACGACACCAGACAUGCUGGCGAUCUUAUAAAGCAGAUGGCCACCAGUAUCGAGGAGGAGCUGAAGCGCAUGAGGCGCGGCACCAUUUCAAGACAACUCCAGGAACACAGGCUUGGCGUAAUUGCCUGCCUGCAGCACACCCUUAAGGCGGUGGAGUCUGCCGUGGAGGAGUAUGAGCGCUAUCGCCUGAAAGUUGAAACGAACGUCACUGCCUCGCUGCGGCUAAUGACGGAAAACCAGGUCAAAGAAUACCGCAUACGCAAGGGAUAUGGGGCAGAGGGAAGUGCCGACAAACAAAUUAUCGCACAAGAUUACUUGAAGUUGUUCAUGGAAGAAUCGAACCGUGGCAGUACACUUGCUAGGGGUGAUGGGUCAGCAGCGCAAGGUAGCGAAUCCGUAUCCGCCUCAACCUCCUCUUCUCCUAGGCUUGGCCCAUCUAUGCACGCUGGAACCAUAACGCCGGCGUUGCGGCGGCAGCCAUCGGUGCAGAUGCCGCAUAUGCCCGUAUACAUGGAUUACGUUGAUGCACCGCAGGAGCAGAACACGCAGGUGCUACAAAUGCAGCACAAAAACUUGGUGGCCCAUGUUCAGCAGUCGAUACAGGCUAAUGAACUCAAAACAAUCAAUGGGGUCCAACAGAGGCUGUCGGAGAUAUCGUCGAUGUUCGAACAGUUCAGCGGCACGCUCGCAGUGCAGCUCGACAUGUUUGAGAGCAUAAACGCCAACGUGCUUGAGUCAUUGAGCAACAUCGAAACCACGGAAACGUCGUUGAAGAAAGCGGAUACGGAGGGAAUGCCGUACUAUCAGCUCCUCAUGUGCUACUCCUUCAUCGGUUCAGCGGUGUUCCUCCUAUUGGUGGAUUACCUCAAGAGCUCAAGGGGAAGCUACAUAUUGUAG